GGUGUUUCCUCUCUGUCCUGGGCCCUCCCCCAUCUCCUCCACCGUCACUGCCUGCGUCGUCCUCUCUGCUCCCACACACUGUUACACAGCAGUUAUGGAAUUAUGUGCAACGCGUGGACGUGCGGCGCUGCCAGGAGGGAGUGUGAGGAACAGUGGAGUGGAUGCCAGCCUGAGCGAGGCAGCUUUUGUAUGGAUGCUGUAUUUGCAGUAGUCAACCUUGAGGAGAGGAAGACGUAGCGAGAAUGAUUUCACCACCGGCCCCCUUGUCCUCUGGUAGAUAAAGUGAUCGGACUCUCCUUUUAAAUGGGUUGCAAUUCUGCACUUUGCAUGGACUGUAUUACUUACUUUACUUCCAUAGUGGAAAUGCUGCAGUAUUUUCAGUGUAAAGGUUUAGAAGCUAAUGAUCAAAUGAACCCCUCUAUUUAACUGAUCGGAACAUAGUCUGGCCCAGACAUGAGCUUUUCCCAGCCCAGUGAGAGCUUCCCUGUUCCAGGGAAAUGUGGCUCCAGCAUGAAGCUUACUCUCCACGGUGCAGGAGACCACAAUGGGAAUGCUUUCCCAAUGUCGUCUUCCUCCUCCUCCUCCUCCUCCUCCUCUUUGGGGGAGUCGUCACCGGAGUUGCUGCAGAGGAGCCUCUGUGGGGGCCAGACUGACAGCCCGUUGGACUACGACAUGGUGGAGGUCACCCUGAUGACGGCCGUGAUGGCUGAUGUUAUGAUUUCUAAAUGGACGACUGAGGACAGUAGACGAGAUGGGGAGGACAAUGAAGUGUCAAUAGACAAAAUGCAGAGCACAGCAGAGAUGUCAGAAUCCAGUGACAAUUCUGUUUCCGUUUAUCUGGAUGCCAACAGUGAUGACGCAUGGAACGCCAACGAUUUGACAACAACUGACAACAACCACAACAAGGGAGCUGAGCUCGGCAGUGGAAGAGGAAUGCGUGGCUCAACAGCUCCAUACUUAGAGACUACAGAGAUCCCAGAUGAUGAUGAUGAUGAUGAUGACGAGGAGGAGGCUUUGUUUCUCUCGCUAAGUUUCGAUGUUGGUGUACAGAAAAACAGCUUGAACACCAGCAGUCAGAUGAGCAGUGGCCUCAUGAUGGCAGGCGGAUGUGCUGUGGAGACUGUGGCCAAAGAUGCAGCCAGUGAUGAGGGGCUAAUGGUUGACUGUCCUCUGGACCCAUCCAUGGACAGCCAGGAACACCUUCCUCUCUCCACCCAGACAUUAUCAUCUCAUUUUCCUUCUCCCAGUCCAGCUCACGAUCCCAGUCUACCUCCAUCUUCUACUGGCAAAGCCGAAAGAUGUGCAUUGAGCUCCAAAUCCAUUCAGCAUAAAAGCAGCCACACAGUCCGAGCAGCAAGAAACAAAGCAAUCACCACGAGGCCAGUGCCCGGCCCGGGAAUCAAACCAGCCACUAUGGGAAAAAGAGGUUCAACGAUUGUCCCUAAAGUGGCAUCAUCAUCUAAAUCUCCCAGCCAGCGAAACAAAUCUGCUGCAGCAAAUGAGAAGAAGGCUUUGUCAAGGAAGGAGGCCAUGAGUGGGGAAGUGGAGAAGCCGCUGGUCAAAGCGGCUGUGGUCCUGAAACCUCUCAGAGGACAGAGCAGUAACCCCAGAACCCAAAACGCAGCAGCAGGCGUUAGUCGCUCCACGUCAGUCAGCUCUCUGGGGUCUGAGAUGGUCGAGAAAGGAUCUUCCAGAAAGACUGUUCGGAAUGUUGUGGAUAAACAAGGGACAAUGGAGAAUGAGGGGACAACACAGUGCAGCGAUCAGGCAGAGGAGCAGGCUGUGAGGACGGACGUAGAGAAACCCAGGACUCUCAGCAGGAAGGUCUCCUCCAAGCUUGGGCCCAGUGUCCGGCAGCACGGGAGAGGCUUUAGAGUGAGCAAGGGACCGGCGUCGCCUCCAGGCUCCUCAGCUGAACGUCUAGGACCCGGGAGUCCUGGGGCCAGGCAGGUCCAGAAGGAGGCGUUAGGAGAGGGGCCGCAGAAUGCAGGGAGUGGAUCUCCUCCAAAAGCCAGACAGACUCCAAACCAGAGCCAGGCGCUGGGACUUCCAGGGCGACUGGUACCAACCACAUCCCGGCUUCCUGUCAAGGGAUCACCUCCAUCGCUGGGCCACAGUGACAAUGACGCGGCCACUAGCAAAGCAACUGGAUUCCCAGUGUCAACAGGGACCAAACCUGAUGAGUGGCCCAGCAGAAGCAUGGUCCCUGCAGGUGGCCAGCGUGCAGCCAAGCCCCCCGGCUCCAGUACAGCAGCUGCCCUCGGCUCCAGUGCUCCCAGUGCUCCCACUACCCCCAGUGCUUCCAGGCCUCCUGCCAUACGGGCCAGAGCGGUGUCUCUGCAGGCCAGGGCUACGGCUGCAGGUCUGAAGACAUCAGCCUCCAGCCUCAGCGCCACAAAAGCGGCAGCUGCCAGCCAGGGACCAGCAAAGCAGACCUGCUUGUCCCCCUUACAACGAAGUGGUUCAGCAAGACUCAGUCGACUCAACGGCUCAGUGUGGGCUCGGCAGCUCUGCAUGACUACCUGGCAGAUGUCAGUGGACAAAAACAAGCCCAGAGAGGCUCCGGCGAGACCCGUCAACACCAGCAGCAGCUCCCACGCUGCUGCUCCUGCAGGAGGAACCAACCAGAACCAGCAGCAACCUCCACCUGACUUGGUGGCAGAUGUGGUGAAUUCAAAUGCUCCUGUGACACCAGUUCUCCCAGUUCUGCCUUCCACUGAAAGCUCCAACACGGACUCAGGAUUUACUGAUGCCCCUGUUUACGGGUUCAAAGCAAGGACUGCUUUGCGCUCCAGUCACAAACCUGGAUCUCGCAUCCACAGUGUUUGCAGCCCUGGCACAGCUGAGGCUAAGCAGAGCAAGGAGCCACCAGAGAAGGGGAACCAAACCAUCAACCAGCUGAGGAGGCUGCUGGUCCAGGGAAACAGGAGAGUGGAGGCUCUGGCCACAGUCAUCCAGCAUCUCUUCACUGAGCGUGAGGAGGCCUUGAAGCAGAAGAAGGACUUGUUGCUGGAACUGGAGAGUCUCCGCGCUGAGCUGGCUGUGUCGACUCAGUGCUAUGAGCGUCUUCAGAAGGAGAAGGAGGAGGUGCGUCUCAGCAUCGAGGAGUCUCUAAAAAGGCGGGAGCAGCAGCACCAGGAGGAGCUGGUGCAGCUGGAGGACAGACUCAGACAAUUUUACCAAACUGAGUGGGACAAAGUCCACCAGACCUAUCAGGAGGAGGCGGACAAAUGCCGCAGGAUAAUGGAACAGCAGGUGGAGGAGCUGAAGAGCCAACAGGAAGCAGAGAGGAAGAAGCAAGAAAUGGGUCACAGCCAGAAGGUGCAGGCUGUCCGGCAGCAGUAUGAGACGUCCAUACAAGAUCUGAGGAGCAUUCAUCAGACUGACAUGGAAAACCUAGAGAAAAUCCUGAAGGAGACUGAAAGUUCUCUCUCAGAACAGUUAUGUGAGCUGUCGGCAGAGAAAGCGUCUCUGAGUGAAAAGCUUCAAGCGGAGGAGGAGAAGAGGAGGCGCAUCCUUUCAGACAAGAAUCUGAAGGAUUCUCACACCCUCUACCUGGAGCAGGAGCUCGAGAGCCUGAAGGUGGUUCUGGAGAUUAAGAACGACCAGCUACAUCAGAAGGAGAAGAAGCUGAUGGAGAUGGACAAAGUGGUGGAGACGAAUGUAAAGCUGGAGGAGUGUCUGAAGAAGGUCCAGCAGGAGAAUGAGGACUACAGGGCCAGGAUGGACAAACACGCCGCGCUGUCAAAGCAGCUCUCCAGUGAACAAGCCAAACUCCAGCAGACACUGCAGAAGGAGUCCAAGGUCAACAAGCGUCUGUCAAUGGAGAACGAGGAGCUGCUGUGGAAGCUGCACAACGGUGACCUGCUGGCCAGCCCCCGUCACGCCUCCCCCCCCUCGCCCUUUAGCUCCCCCAGGAACUCUGCCUCCUUCCCCACCGCUGCGCCCGUUUCACCCAGAUAACCGAGUAGCCUGCGCUGUCCUCGCUGUCCUUGGAUGGACAGAAGCUGUUCCACACAGAGACUUCAGUCCCAGCUGAGCCGCUGGAUCCUUCACAGGACAGACGUUUGACUAGAUGCCAUCAAAAGACACUUACUGCAAAGAGCAAGCAGAUGCUGCUGCAGCAUGUGAACGUGGGAGAACCAGGCUCUUGCUCUGUAACAAACCUUUCUUCUUUUUUGAAGGAACUAAUCUAAAUGGGACACCUCAGGGUCUGUACAUACUGUAGCACCUGACUACAGUCCAAACCUUAUACUUUUCCUAUAAUGCACUGUUUUAAUUCAGGUCCUGCUCUCUUUGAACCCUCAGGCCCAAAGGCUUGGCUUAGUGGAAACAGACGCAAAGGUGUUUGAGAUAAUCAUAGGUAGAAUUCCUCCACUGGACCUGCCACAGUUUCUAAUGAGCAGUGGCACAUUUCUAACAUGUCCUACGGUGGAUUUGCAUGGAGCGUUUUGCCCUUAAUUUAAAGCGUGAAGCUCAAUCACUGAUCUCUGGAAGAACUGGAUGAAUGUGUCCUUCUGUGGUGUCAACCAGACCUGCAUCAUUGCUGUGAACUGUUCUCUGUUCCUCUGUAACUCCUCACCACCUCUACCUGAAUCUGCCACGUGGAAUGUAACCUUCUCCAGAUGUUGAGUCUGAGCAAGCCAAUCGCAGCAUGGAACCAAAGUUGUUCCCCCUCCUUAUUUACAUGGAAGCCUCCACCUCACACCCAAAUACAAACCAGUCAAAGCUGUUCAUGUGUGUCACAAAAAGUCCAGACUUCUGUCAGCUGAUGAACACUGGCGUCCUCUUUGUGCUUUUAUCUUAGAUGUACCUGAAAUGCCUCAGUGUUUUCCUUUGGACACAGAAUAAAUACAGUAUUAAAAACA